AUUAGAUCGGAUGACAAUUGCGCUCUGCUAAAAAAAAUUCUAGAAGACGCACAUGUUUUUCCAGGGAAAAUCAUGAAAUUUGUCAUCCAACAGUGUUAAUUUGUUAUUAUUUUUGUGUGCUUUGUUUUGUUUUUUUGUCGUAAAUGCCUUAGAUAGGCAAAAACACACUAAUUUAUCAGUUUUUUCGUAUUGAAAAUGCUUCUUUUUUGUUCAUAAACUUUGCUAUCGCGUCUAAGAAAAAGAAGUGUGUGCGCUACAAAAUCAGUGCUCUCUUUCGCAGUGGUGCAAAAAAAAAACACAGUCGUACAGUGUGAAUCAUGAUUUGAGGUAAAACACAAAGUAAAAUAAAGUCAUAACGGGACCGAAUUGGUUGUGUUUUAUCUCUGCAGAGUUGUCAUUAAUGAGCUACCAAGAGUUACAUUAAAACGUAAUUAGACAUUUUUUUAUGUGUGCAACAAACAACAAAUGGCUCACUUUUUGUGUUGAAUUUGAUUGUGUUGGUGAGAAAAAAGACUUUCAGUGUGCAAUACGGCAUUCAAAUUCCAAAAUAUAGGCGAAAUUGGCGAACGUAUAUGUGGUUUUUUUUUAAAUGUUGGUGUAACAUUAUUCAAAGAGGUUGGUGUUAGAAACUUGCUUUGAAUUGCACCAAAUCGGAUUUAAACAGUUCAUUUACGCAUUAUAAGUUUACGUUCAUAGGCGUUCCAUCGUUGUUGUCGCCAUUUUUUUUCAUUCGAUGUGUGCACAAAAAUAAAUUCGCUGUGAACAAAUCGAUGUUUCGUUUUUUUUUAUCUUCAUUUGAGAAACCGUGAUAUAACACAAUGUGACGAAAAACGUUUCAUUCGUAUAGUCAUUUAAAAGAGAAAGCAUCGAUAAAUUUAACGUGAGCCAAAUCAAAUCGAUACAAUGGCGUCCGGAGAAUUAUCUUUGACCAGCAACAGUAGCCAAGAGGGGAGUCAUGAAUUUGGUUGCUAUUCGAAUGAUCGAGCACGUAAAACGUCGUCCGAUAGCACAAAGAAUUUUGAAACAAUAAAAAAGCAAUACGAUGAAGCUUUAAUGGAAUUAAAUUCGCUGCGAUUACGUGAAAGUAAUGGCGAAAUGCAAAUGAGCCAUUUAACAAAGCAACUGGAAUUCUACAAAGAAAAAUAUAUGGAUGCAAUAAAUCAAGUUGGCCAAACGGCCAUCGAAGGAACGUCAUUGCGCACAAAAUAUGCGGACAUAUCCAAUGAAAAUCGACGAUUGCAGCAGCGCAUCCAUCAUUUGGAAAAGCAAGUAACGCAACAAGAAAACGGUACGCAUCAAACCGUUUGCACAUUUCACGAACAGUACAAUGAGCUCAAGAAGAAAUAUGAUACGAAUCGCAUUGAUAUGGAUAAACAGCAAAAGGAAAAUGAAAUGUGCAAAAAGAAAUGUGCCGAUUUAUCGCGAGAUCGUAAUUCGGUGGCAUUGGAAAAGAAUGACUUGAAACAACAGCUAACGAAGGCAUUCACACAAUUGGAAUCGGCAUUGCAUGAGAAAAAUAUGCUACGAGAAGCCAGAGACAAAUUGAUGCAACAGAAUGAAAUUCAAAUAAAAGAGAUGCAACAGUUGAUGAAUCAACGGGCCGACGAACUAAGGCGUGUGACAGCUCAGAGAAAUGCCGUUAAAUUAGAAUUGCAAACAAUUUUGGGCGAAAAAGACGUAGUUCUCGAAGAAAAUCAAAAGAUGAGCGACGAAUUAGCGGCCGCCAAAGAACAGUUGGAAAAACAAUACAAAAACGAUCAAUCAAUGAUGUAUGAAAAUGAGUCGCUGAAGAGACUACGCGACGAUCUUUUGACAGAACGUAAUUGUCUUCGUGAACGACUCGAGGAAAAGGAAUUGAUGAAAAGUCAUGACAACGCUUGGAACGAUCCGGACACAAAGGAGAAAUAUCAAUUGGAUUUGAAUGCAGCCAACAAAGAGAUGGAGAAGCUACGGAAUAGCUUGGAACGAGUCAAAAGUGAAUUGAGCAAAGCACUGGAUGAAACAGAAGUCGCCAAAUCGAGACGCGACUGGGCAAUAUCAGAGCGUGAAAAGAUAGUUUUGGAGCGCGACAACGUUAAAAUUCUCAAUGAUGAGUUACAAAAAGAGCGUGAUACGGCUGUUUCUGAUUUAUUACAAGCAAUUCGAGAUAGUGAAGAGAUCAAAAAGCAAAAAGAUGAAGCUUUCCAAGAGAUCGACCAUUUGCGCAAGCAACUUGAAUCACAGGUGAAUUGUUCACGUCGCAGUAUGCGCUGGAGUUAUGCACCAUAUGAAAUGGAUGCAUUGGCCAAAAAUGACACCGAAGUGGUCGAAAUAGAUAUGAGUUCGAUUGGACCAAAUGACGAUAUUGGAAUCGUAUUGGAAGGUGGAAGAGAAGAUUCACAAAAUCGAAUUGAUGGCAACAUAACGGUGGUGAGUGUGUCGAAAGAUUCACCAGCCUAUGGCAAACUUCGGCCAAACGACAGUAUUAUGCUUGUAAAUAACAUCGAUUGUUCGUCAUUCUCGAAGCGAAUGGUCAUCGAAACGAUACGUAAUGGUUGCGAGCGAUGUGACAUUGUUGUAAAACGGCAACGUGUAACCAGAGCGCACAUGUAUGCUGUUCAAUUGAAUUUAUUAAAUUCAAAUCGUGAUCAUGGUCUAAGCUUAGAGUCGGGAAUCUUUAUUUCAAAAGUGGCACCCAGUUCGUUGGCAUCGGCCGAACAGAAUUUAACAGCUGGCGAUCGUAUAUUAGCCAUUAACAAUCAGUCAAUGGACGGCAUUCUAAGUGGCAACGAUGCAAUGACCUAUUUAAAUGAUGAACGUGCUGAUACAUUGCAUAUCAUUGCAUUGAAACAAGUGACACAUUCAUCGGACACAGAAACGUUCAGUCGACAUAAGCCAAAUCAAAUGGAAACAACCAGCACCCAAACUGAUGAGAGAUUUACUUUUGAGGGUGAAUCGACGCGAACAAAUUCGUCGGGUAAUUCAAAAUCGACGUCAAAAAUAUCGGAAAUGUUCAAUAAAUUCCGUGGAAAAAUUCACAUGCACGGUCAUAGCAAUCAAAAAGGUAGCACAGCGUCCGAAAGUGAUAGCUUAUGUCAAGAAAAUGAUGCAAUUGCCGCACUUGAUUCGGUAUUGAAUAACGAAAAUACAACGACCACCGGUAAAAUUAAAGAGAAUAUUUUUGGUAAACGAUCGAAAAAGGCGAAAAAAGAAACAACAAAAGAGGUCAACAAAAAUUUGGGCACAUGGCCAAGGGCAAACAUUUUAAAUACAGCAACCGGACAAGAGAAUCAUACAGGAACAAUUGUGCAACCACGUAAGAAAGAACGACCAGCCCUAUCGUUAUUCACCGGUCCAAUAACAUUGGGUAAAGAUGAAAAACCAUUGGGCAUGAAAAAAGAUAGCUAUUUCAAUGUCCACAUGCAUGAAACAACACCAAUGGGUGUAAAUAAACCGGGGCUAUCAUUAGUGUCGAAUGUAAGCCGUAAUUCGAAUUCAAUUCCGUUUCAUUAUGCACCAUCUGGUUUGAAUCGGCAUUCAGUCUAUUCAACGAUGGAAUCAGAACCCGUCAUGCUGGAGAGUGGAAAAUUACAAUCGAAAAAUUUGCCCGAUAUGAAUCGAAAAUAUCACUACCAUCAUCAUCAUCAUAAUAUGAAUCGGCUCAGUUUGAACAUUACACCAUCCAUGGAUAGUACUAGCAUAUACAAUACGGUCAUCAAUCGCAAAAGCAACACAAAUACUCUCGACACAAAAGUAUCAAAUCAUCCAAUGUCAAUGGAUUAUGUGGCGUUGAAGAAUUCAACCGAUUCAUUGCUCAAUUCGAAAAGUCCAAUGUCGUCGUUAGAUUUCAAACCAAAUUUAACACAUCAACAAGCCCAGGAUCUCAUUUCAUUGAAAAGUCAAAAUUCAAUCGACUCAUUUCUAUCGCCAAAAAGCCCACCAUCAUUAGAAUCGAGCAAACCAUUGUAUCCAACGGAGAAUCCCGACUUUUACAACAAACGUUCAUCGAAAAAUGUAUCGAAAUUCCCAAGUGACAGUGAUAGCUUAGGCAUGGAAUCGAUUUCAUCGCCAAACAAUAGCUACACAAGUACAUUACCAUCAUAUGCAUCGAACAAUAGAGCCCAAUCAAUGCUCACAUCAAACGGACGCAUUCAACGAAUGUUCACACCUUUCGCAAAUCACAGUCAUCCACAUCAUCACAUGAGACAAUCAAGUCCACUGACAAUACCGUUGACUCAAUCACUGGACAUUACAGGAAACAACAAUUCAUCCGAUAAGCUGGAGUAUGAGUUUGUGCAAUCGCAUCAUUCACACGGUGUAUCCAUGGACAUUGAUCAAUAUCAACGGAAUAAAGUGCAUCCAACUCGUGAUCGUGACAUAAUAUACGGCAGUUACGGUCAUGCUUAUGAAGGCGGCACAUUUCCACGUAAAAAGGAAAAUCAACGAGUACGAAUUCCAUCGAAUCCAAGUGUAGCUAGCAAAAGUAGUGAUAUGAAAGACAGCACCGGAUCGAUUGAACACAGUGAUGGUUCACCGAUGCCACCGCCAUUCAAAGUUGAAGUAUUAAGUCAUGGCGCCAACAGCAAUAUGUCCGAACACAAUCCGGGGCCCGGAUAUUUGCGACGCAUAACGAUUGACAAGAGUGCAGGACCACUUGGAAUAACGAUUCAAUGCAAUGAAGGUGGUGGCAUUUUCGUAUCGACGGUCACAACAAACAGCAUUGCAAGUCGAGCAGGUUUACGCUGUGGAGAUCAAUUGCUUGAAGUUUGUGGUAUAAACAUGAGAGAUGCAAAUCAUAAAAUUGCGGCUAAAAUCUUACGGCAAUGCGGAAAUACGAUGACAAUGCUCGCCCAGUAUUGUCCAGAUAAAUUUCAUGGAAAUAUUGUGCAACACAUAACAGAAGAGGAUAGUGUUAGUCGUUCAGGUUCGCCGACACCACGAAAUUCGCCGCGAGGCGUUGCUCGUUCAAUGGCAUUAUCACCAAGGCCGGUUAGCAUGCAACCACAAUCUGUUCCACAAGCAAUACCGAAACGUUCGCUAAUGUCAUCGAAUAUGAAGCAAAAGUUCUCCGACAGCCUGGAAAAUCAAUCAGAUUUUAGCCAAACCGGAUCACCCGAUUGCAUGUAUGAUGAAGAAGAGCCACGUGUUUUGACAUUAAACACAAAGAAAAGCACAAAUUUGGGGAUCUCAUUAAUGGGCGGAAAUGCAGUCGGUAUUUAUGUGCAUGACGUGCAGAAAAAUUCAUUGGCCGAUAUUGCUGGCAUGAAAAAAGGCGAUCAAAUUCUCGAAUACAAUGGAGUUGAUUUGCGCAGAGUCACAGCGGAAUAUGCGGCAAUGGAAAUAUCGAAGGCAUGCGAUAAAGUCACCGUACUCGUUCAACACAAUAUGACAAAGUUUAAUCAAAUCAAAGACGAAGCAGGCGAUUCUCUCUAUUUCCGUGCCGGAUUUGAUCGGACAGGUGAACUAAACGAAGGCGAAUUGCGAUUUGUCAAAGAUGACAUUUUAUACGUGGACACAACAAUAUUUAGAGGAAAAUUUGGCCAAUGGCGUGCAUGGAAACUCGAUGAAUAUGGACAUCGAUUAAGAUGCGGCAUCAUUCCGAGUCAACUAAAAAUUGAAGAGGAAUUACGUCUAUUGACCGAUACUGCUGAUGGAGAAGGAACGACCAAGAGAAAAUCUGCACGUCGAUCGUUCUUCCGUCGAAAGAAGCAUCAACGCAGCUCAUCACGUGAUUCAAAAGAUCUGUCCAGUUUCAGUAGUACACAAUUGAGUUGGUUCACUGAUUCGGGCAUCGUCGGAGAAGACGGAACACUAUCGAGUUAUCAACGUGUUGAGCGCUUAGAUUAUAUGUGCCGACCAGUAUUGAUUUUGGGCCCGUUAGCCGAAUGUGUGGCUGAAAAGCUAACAAUUGAUUUUCCGCAAGUAUUUGAACGAUUUUUGCCCACCACUAUGAAUUGUACACAAGAAAAUAUGGAAGAAGGACUUCAAAAUAACAUUUUGGUCGACUAUCGACGUCGAGGUAAUAUCUACGAGUGUACGCCAGUUCAAGCCAUCAGAGACUUGUGCGAUAAGUUAUCAUUUCAGAAUCGCCAUUGUUUGCUUGAUGUGAAUAUCUCUGCAGUGGAACGAUUGAAACGGAUUCAAAUCUAUCCGAUCGUGCUGUUGCUGCGUUUUAAAUCUGCCCGACAAAUCAAAGAGAUCAAAGAUAAAAUGUCAGAGAAGGCAGCAAAGGAAAUGUAUGAGCAUGCAUUGAAGCUGGAAUCCGAUUAUCGGCAAUAUAUAUCAGCUGUCAUACCAGCCGGCGUGAACAUAACGCAUAUGAGUACUCAAAUCAAAGCUGCCGUUGAUGAAGAGCAAAAUAAGGCACUUUGGGUUCCAAUCACAAACUAAUAGAGCUACAUUUUGAAAUUACUGGAGCAUUCUUCAUACUUACAUCGAAAACAAACGACCUUUUCAAACAUUAACUUUGAUAGAAUUUAAAAAAAAAAAA